AGACUAGAAGACCCACACACAGCUAAAACGAAGGGAAAAAAAAAUCAAAUUUCUAAGCAAUUUCAACAAUUUCAGUCAGCCAGAUUUUCUGCGUAAUAAAAAUAAAGAAUUUACUCCGACAUCCUCCAUCAAUGUAAUGUACCCCGACUUUUUCAAUUUUUAAAUAUUUUAGUUUUUUUAUAAAUAAAUAAAUAAUUCACUAAACUCUGCAAGAAUUUCAACUUCGCCUCCUCCAAAGCCUUUCACUGAAAAACCCUUUGCUUGAUGAAAUGGAGGUGUCUGGUUUAAAUGGAUUGAGAUAUGAUGAGGAGAGUGCAUUGAACAGUUUGCUUGAUGCAUUCGGAUCUGUAUUUUCACUUAAUGAUAUUGCUUCUGCUUACUGUGAGGCAGACCGGAAUGUGGAUAUAGCCGGUGAAAUUCUGUUUAGAAUGCAGGGGAAUACCUCUGUAGAACGAAAAAAUGGUGAAACUUUGGAAUCAUCCCGAGCUAAUAAUUCCCGGAAUUGUUCUAGAGUGAAUGGGGAUUUUACAGCCCCUAAGCAAAUAUGGCGACUGGUUUCAGCUUCUAGUAAUGCAACUAAUAGCGAGCUGAAAAAGGAUGAACCUUUGGAAUCAUCUAGUAGUGAUAGUUCUCAGAAUUCUUGUCAAGCAAAUGGGGAUUCAAGAACUGUAAAGCAAAAAUGGAGACUGGUUUCAGCUUCUAGUAAUACGACUAAGAGCGAGCUGAAAAAGGAUAAACCUUUGGAAUCAUCUAGUAGUGAUGGUUCUCAGAAUUCUUGUCAAGCAAACGGGGAUUCAAGAACUGUAAAGCAAAAAUGGAGACCGGUUUCAGGAGGCAUGGUUUCGAGCAUGCUUGGAAAGGGGUAUAUGAAGUCCGCCCCUUCGACUAAUGGUUCCAAUCCACGAACCAAACCUUUAAAGGUAGACUCAAAGGAGUGGCCGGCAUCUGUACUUUGGGGAGAAGGACAUAAAUCCAGUCCUCCAAAAGAGGACCGCUUGCACAAAGAUAUGGAAGAUUUUCUUUUCAAAAUGCUUGGAGCGGGAUUUCAACUUGAGAGGAAUGUGAUCAAAGAAGUUCUCGAUAGCUGUGGAUAUGACAUGCAAAAGAGUAUGGAGAGGCUCCUUGACCGGUCAGCUACAAGUUUGGAUGAAGGAAAUAAAAUUCUCGGUGAGUCCAGUAAAAAGACUAAUGAUAAGCAUCCAAUAUCAGAGGAACCUUCACACAAAAAAAACAUAGGUUUGAACACCAAUGGUGGAACAAGACAAAUGAAGGAUAGAUACGAUCUCCAAAAGGAGAUUUGGACCGCUUUGUUUAGUGCUCCCGAGAGAUUAGAUGAAUUGCCUACAAGAAGAGUGAGGCCAGCAAGAAGGUCUAUUGCAUUAGGAGAACCCGUGGAAGGACCCCUAAUUGACUUCGAUUCUGAGUCCAAGGUUGAUAGAGUUCACUUGCAAGAAGAUAAAAAAGACGAUGAAGAUGAAGAAUAUGGUUUCCAGGCUCUUCGAAGAGCUGUGACGGAAUAUAGGGGCACAAUGAAGGAAUAUUAUAAAGCUGCUAUUGAUGCUUUCGCUAAAGGGGAUAAAGAUCUAGCAAACAGACUUGUAGAACAGGGACAAUUUUUCCGUGAAAAGGCUUGCCAAGCAGAUGAAGAAUCAAAUCAAAAGAUUUUCGAAACUUGGGGCACAGAUGCGGAAGACGAAAUGUCACUCGACUUGCAUGAACAUGGCGCAAAGGAAGCAAUUCGUCUUUUGAAAUGCCAUCUAUCUUCACUAGCAGGCAUCCCAUCAUUCAAGUACCUAAAACUCAUUCUAGAAACAAACGAAGAAGACUCGUCAAAAGGCCGUCGUAGACAAUCGGUUAAGAGGCUGUUGGAGAAAGAAUCAAUAACAUGGAGUGAAGGAGAAACUUGUGGAGUAAUAAGGAUUCGGUUAGAUAAAAUAAACCCUAAAAGCUUGAGCUUUGGCAAAAAAAUGCCAUCUCUUUGAACAUUAAAAGGCUAAUGAUGAUUAGCCAAAAGCUAUUGUUUGAUGAAAACCUGAGCCGAAAGACUGAAACUUCGCUGUGUUGUUUGAUUCUUUUUGGAAAACUGUAUUUUUUUUCUCUAAAUUAUAUUUUGUUAUUGCAAAGCAACUGUAUUGAAAAUUGAAAUUAAUUGGAAUCUUGAUUUUUUGGUGGUGAUGAAA